AUGACCUUCGCUACUGGGGCCUUGCUCCAUCUGAAUCAAAAAGACUUUGACUUCAAUGUCCAGUUCGAGCAUCUAUUCUUCUCCAUCAUUCCAUCCGCCUUAUUUAUUCUGACAUCCUUAUGGCGUACCAUUUCCCGGGCACGGAAGCCGGCUGUGGUGAACGCCCCCACAUUUCAAAUUAUGAAGUCGGGAACGAUCACCAUCUACAUCGGUCUGGAGCUCGCACUCCUCGUUCUAACUGCGACCGGCUCUUUCCAUGCCACCAGCAUGUUCAUAGCUUCUUCGACCCUCAACCUCGUAUCAGCUCUGUUCAUGCUUACCCUGAGUGUUGUGGACCAUAGCCGAAGCCCAAGACCGUCUAUAUUGUUAAGCACUUAUCUAUUUCUCACUCUUCUUCUCGAUGCGGCUCAGGCAAGAACGCUUUUUCUAUCAUCGGAUGACAAGCCCGAACUCACUUACAGCAGCAUAUUUUGUGCGUCUAUAGCGCUCAAGACAGGCAUUUUGCUGUUGGAGGCUCGUCAGAAAACCAAAUGGAUUACUUGGGACAAGCAGAAGCACAGUCCCGAGGAAACAAGUGGCAUUUUCUCUCUUGGUGUCUUUUUCUGGCUAAACAAGAUGUUCUUUGUCGGAUAUAAGAAUAUCUUGACAAUCGAGGACCUCUAUCCCCUCGAUAGCUCUUUCAAUGCCCAAGUGCUGCAUGAAGAUUUUAAAAAGUAUAUAGACUACUCGAAACUAAAAGGCGAUCGAUUUGGUCUUCUCAAAGUGCUAAUCCGUACACUGAAGGUGCCUCUUCUCCUCCCUAUCGCUCCGCGAUUGGCACUGGUUGGUUUCACAUUUUGUCAGCCUCUUUUUAUCGAGAGACUAUUGGUUUAUUUAUCCCAGUCAGAGCCAGAUCCGAAUACCGGAUACGGUUUGAUUGGUGCUAGCAUGCUGAUUUACUUUGGAAUGGCCAUAUCUUAUGCCUUGUCUUGGUACUUUCACCACCGACUACGCACUAUGGCACGGUCAAUCCUAGUCACCGAGAUAUUUUCCGCGGCUGUGAACUCACGGAUCGGAUCCAGUGAUGAUAGCGCCACGCUGACCUUGAUGAGCACGGAUAUAGAACGCAUCAAGAUGGGCCUCCGGUUUAUUCAUGAGACCUGGGCAAGCAUAAUCCAAGCGGGUCUUGCUAGUUGGAUGUUGUAUGAGCAACUUGGUGUUGUUUUCGUCGCACCCAUCGGGGUUGUCAUUGUCUGUUCUAUUGGGUUGGGAAUAUUGGUCAAUUUCACCGGUGAUUCGCAAAGGACGUGGAUGUCUGGAAUCCAAAAGCGAGUCGGACUUACCGCGACAGUCAUUGCUAGUAUGAAAUCACUAAAGAUCUCCGGUCUCUCGGCUACCGUGGGCGACUAUGUGCAGCAGCUCCGCGUGGACGAACUUGCAGCAGGAGCCCGAUUCCGCAAGAUCUUCAUCAUUGCGGCGGUCUUCGCAUUUAUGUCUCAGCUAAUUAGUCCACCCCUUACCUUUGCAUUCACUCAACGCACCAUAGAUGCCUCAACAAUUUUCACAAGUCUUUCCUUCUUGACAUUGUUGACCAACCCGUUGUCACAGCUCUUUCAAUCAAUUCCUGAGCUUGUCUCUGGCCUGGCCUGCUUGGGUCGGAUUCAGGCUUACCUAGAAAGCGAACCGCGUGAGGACUUUCGCCAAUGGAGAAGUUCAGAGGACACAAUUAAAGACAAUGCAGCUAUCUCAGAGCCGAGCUCAAAGUCCUCAAGUCUUAUAAUCAUCAGAGACGCUUGCUUUGGGUGGACAGCAGAGAAGUAUGUCUUGCAGAACAUAAACACGCAGAUAUCUAAGUCCUUCUUGACGAUGGUCGUCGGGCCCGUGGGCUCGGGAAAAUCAACCUUUUGCAAGGCACUUCUUGGAGAGAUGCCUUUCAGCGAAGGUAGUGUAGUCACCAAAACCCAAUUCCGGCACAUUGGUUUCUGUGAGCAAACUGCCUUUCUCUCGAACGGGACGAUCCGAGAGAAUAUCAUUGGGUUUUCCCCUUUUAAUAGCGAGAGGUAUAAUGAAGUUAUUGAAGCCACAGCCCUAGCCUUUGACUUUGGUACCCUGCCCCGCCAAGACCACACGAAUAUCGGGUCAGACGGAAUCGCCCUUUCUGGGGGCCAGAAGCAGCGUGUGUCGCUAGCGCGAGCGCUAUAUCUACAAUCCGAACUGCUAGUCCUGGACGACGUCUUCAGUGGUUUGGAUGCGGACACCGAGGCGCAUGUUUUCCAGCAAGUCUUUGGAGCAGAUGGUAUGCUAAGAAGACGGAGGUCCACGGUUGUACUAUGUACUCAUAGUAUCAGACACCUCCCUUCCGCAGAUUAUAUCAUUGCGCUUGAGGAUGGCAUAAUAAGGGAACAAGGUACUUUCGAUCAUUUGUCAAACAGUCAAGGAUAUAUUCAACGUCUGGGAUUGAAGAGCAUACCCGACCGUGAACCUUCGUGCGAGAAGCCGGCCCCUAAGAAAGGCAUUUCGAAUCAGCCACAGCUGGACCGUGCGACUACAGGAAGCAGUGGCACGGCACCCCUCUCCCAAGAUGCGAUUGCAUUGCGGCAAGUCGGAGACGCUACUGUGUAUAAGCACUAUUUUAAAAGCAUGGGAUGGUUUGUGGCGGCGUGUAGUUUAUUCUUCGCGGCCCUCUGGGGAUUCUUCACGAACUACCCAUCUAUUUGGCUCACAUAUUGGGGCAAUGCCGUUGCCUCGGAUAAUCCGCCACAUUCCUAUGCCUACUACGCAGGGAUCUAUGCGCUGCUUCAGAUGUGCGCCAUGGUAGCAUUGCUCCUACUGGGAAUCACGCUCUUCAUUGUUUCUGUCAAGAAGGCCGGAGCUGUUUUGCAUCAAGACGCACUAAGAACUUUAAUUCGAGCACCGCUUUCAUUCUUUACGAAGACAGAUACUGGCGUCGUAACCAACUUGUUUUCGCAGGAUCUGAAUUUGAUAGACACUGAGCUACCAGAUGCGACUUUGAACACUCUGUUUUGUGUCUCUCAAUCUAUUGGACAAGCGGCCGUUAUGCUUACUUCGUCAGUCUAUCUGGCUAUCAGUUAUCCGCUCCUCGGCAGCCUACUCACUCAUUUCCUCGAUACUCUCAAAGGCAUUGCUACGCUGCGAGCCUUGGGCUUCCUGACAGAGGAGGUAGAAAAAAAUGCUCGUCUGGUUGAUUCUAGUCAACGAGCCGCAUACCUCCUUCUAAUGAUCCAAGAAUGGUUGAAUCUAGUUCUAAAUCUGGUGGUCAUGGUGAUCGCAGUGGUUCUGACCACUCUCGCUGUGCGCCUUCGUUCGAGCUCUGGCUUCGCAGGUGCAUCUUUAUACUCUCUCAUGAGCUUCGGAGAGAAUCUGUCCGGUGUCGUCUUCUUCUACACAAGGCUGGAAACCUCAAUUGGUGCGAUUGCACGAUUGAAGAAUUUCAAUGAAACCGUCACGCCGGAAGACCGAGAAGAGGAGGAUGUAAGCCCGGAUGAAGAGUGGCCUGAGCAUGGUACGGUUGAGUUGAAAGGUGUCUCCGCAAGAUAUGGUACUCUGGAAGAGGCUAAAGAUGAAACCCCUCUCGCCCUGAACAACAUCAACCUUUCCAUUCAUUCCGGCGAGAAGGUCGCAAUCUGUGGUCGCACUGGAAGCGGCAAAUCAAGUCUCCUCGCACUUCUCCUUAAAAUCCUUGAUCCCCUGCCCAAUAUUACUGGAGACGCGGCGAUCCUCAUGGAUAACAUCCCCCUCAAUCGCAUUAAUCGCUCAACCCUCCGCCAGCGUCUCAUCGCCGUUCCCCAAGACGCAGUCUUCCUUCCAGAUGGCUCCACCUUCCAAGAAAACCUAGAUCCCUCCCACAUCUCCACUGCUGCAGAAUGCCAAAGCAUUCUGGAAGCAGUUGGGCUCUGGUCUUUCGUCCAGGAGCACGGCGGCCUCAAUGCGCCCAUGGUGUCAGGGACAUUUAGUGCUGGACAGCGGCAGCUGCUUUCACUGGGUCGGGCGAUGUUACGUCGUGGGGUCCGCGCUAGAUUCAAUAAUGGUGGGGGCAUUUUGCUGUUGGAUGAGGUCAGUUCUAGGGUUGACCAUGAGACGGAGCGCGUGAUGCAGGAGAUUGUCCGGGUCAGCUUUAAGGAUUAUACUGUGAUCUCUGUCAGUCAUCGGCUAGAUAUGGUUAUGGAUUUUGAUCGGGUGGUGGUCAUGGAUAUGGGAGAGGUUGUAGAGGUUGGGGUUCCAGCUGUUUUGAAAGGUAUAACCGGCUCACGGUUUGCGGAUUUGGUACGGGCUGGUGGAAAGUAG